AUGUUAGACAAGACCUUGAGCAAACACCAAAGAAAGAUAAUAAUAAUAACAAUGGUGAGUGUCCUCACAACCUCAGUACUAAUCUUUUCCUUGUUCUUUCCAAUAAUAAUCUUCUUUGUCGUAACCAAAUUAAAAGCUUCAUUCACAACUAAUGAUUCUGAUCUUCGAACAUCUUAUCCACUCUUACCUUCCCUUUUCCUACUCUUCAAAAACAGAGGAAGAUUCACUCUAUGGACGUCGGAAAUCGUCCUCGCCGCGCCGACGCUCACUCUCUCCUUCCACCGCGACUUCGCCGGCCGGAAAAUCAUCUCUGCCGACCCCGCCGUCGUCCGCCACAUUACCAAAACCCAUUUCGACAACUACGACAAAGGCCGAGUAUUCCGGUCGACGUUAUACGACCUUCUCGGCGACGGAAUUUUCAACUCCAACGCCGAGAAAUGGAAGCUCCAACGGCACAUCGCUAGCAGCGAAUUCAGCACGAAAUCCCUCCGGCGAUUCGUCGAGACCGUCGUCGAUUCCCAAAUCUCCGGCCGCCUGAUUCCGAUCAUGGCGACCGCCGCCGCCGGAAACGCCGCCGUCGAUUUCCAAGACGUGCUUCAGCGAUUCGCCUUCGAUAACAUCUGCAAAAUCUCGUUCGGAUACGAUCCCCGAUCGCUGUCGCCCGCGCUUCCCAGCGUCGAGUUCGCCGCCGCUUUCGACGCGGCGGUGAACAUCUCCGGCAAGAGGUUCCUCGAAUUGUUUCCGCUCGUUUGGAGGAUCAAGAAAGCUCUUGACGUCGGGUCCGAGAAGAAAUUAAAUGUCGCCGUCGGAAAAGUCCGAGAAUUCGCGACGAAUAUGGUUAGGAAGAAAAAGAAAAAAAUCGAGCGACGACUGUCGCUCGAUCAGCCUAAUAUGGACAAAGACAACGACCUUCUCUCGAGAUUCUUGGUCUCGGGGUAUACCGACGAAAACUUUGCGACGGACAUUGUAAUAAGUUUCAUCCUUGCCGGACGGGACACUACCUCGGCCGCGCUGACGUGGUUUUUCUGGCUACUGUCGAACCAUCCCGGAGUCGAAGCCGAGAUAAUGAAAGAGUUGAAAAAAUGGAAGCCGAAAACGGCAGCGUCGGCUUACGACGAAGCGAAAGAAAUGGUUUACACGCACGCGUCCCUUUGCGAAGCAAUGCGACUUUAUCCGCCGGUGCCGUUCGACUCGAAAGAAGCUUUAAACGACGACGUUUUGCCGGACGGAACGGUAGUGAAGAAGGGGAUGCGAGUUGGCUACCUACCCUACGCGAUGGGCCGGGCCGAGAGGGUGUGGGGAAAGGAUUGGGCCGAGUUUCGGCCCGAGCGGUGGCUGGAUUGGGAUGCCGCCGCCGAUAAAUGGGCUUUUGUGGGCCGAGACGCCUACGCUUAUCCGGUGUUUCAGGCCGGGCCGAGAAUAUGCCUCGGAAAGGACAUGGCUUUUAUUCAAAUGAAGGGGGUGGUUGCCGCCGUCUUGCGGCGGUUUAGGGUGGUGCCGGUGGGAGGAGCCACGCCGGUGUAUGUCGCCAACUUGACGGCGAAAAUGGAGGGUGGUUUUCCGGUGAGGAUUGAGGCGAGGUCCGAGGAGAGUAGUUAA